AUGUUCACAAUGCAUCGGCUGCUGCAACUUACUGUGCCUGUCUGGCUGAAAAAUGUUGAACAGCUGGAGCGAUGGAAGGAGCAAUUUAUCAUGAUCCUAUGGCAAAUGUUUCCGAUAGGUGAAUAUGAAAAGAGGGUUAUGGAGACUCGCAAGAUGAAACUCGGCGCUGACCACCCUGACACGCUGACGAGUAUGAACAAUCUGGCGUCAACGUAUAUGGCGCAGUGGCGGUGGGAAGACAGCAUGGCCUGUCCAGACUUCCGCCGCUCGUCUUGCCAUCGGAAAAUCCCCCUCGAUCUCUCUAUAGCUACCGUUGAUGUCUGUCAG